AUGAGUGAUGGGCCCCGGUUGGCUAAGCUAGUUAGCUGCAUGUCGUCUCCAGGGCCUCCGACGCAAAGCAGGUAUCCACAGGGAUGGGGGCCAGACGAGGCCCUGGGGUACAGCUGUGCGGGGCUCAGCUGUGCCCCGAGCAGGCAAGGGCGCUCGGAAGAUUUUGCACAUGAUGUCGAUCGAGCCUUUGAAGAAGUGGGAAUUCUACCCAUGCUUGCCCAGAUGCCGAGCGGGUUGCUGCUGGCUCUCCCCGGCAUCCUGAUUCCCCAGAACAUACCCCCUGCGCUGAACAUGCCCCUGCACCUGUUCCUGCCAGCUGUGGGCCGUGGAAACAGGAGUGGCCUUGGCAUCAGAGGCCCGCCCGACCCUGCGGGAGCGCCUCUAACCACAGCAAGAGUGCGGGUGGGUCGAGCGUCUGUGCGAAACCCCGAGGCGCAGACCCCAGCGGAGGCCUCUGCUCUGACACUCCUCACAGCUGUGCCCCAAAAUGCCCACGGGAGAGCGUGCAGGUGUGAGCAGACGCCGGUUUGGCAUGGCAGCUGGAGAGAACUGGCCAAGGCUCUGGCCAGCAGGAACAUUCCAGCUGUGGACCCAAAUCUCCAGUGGUACCGUCCCCAGAGGUUGAGUCUCCAGGACCAAGAAAUUGAUCAAGGUGGAAGCAGUAAUAGCAGCUACUUGAAGUGGAACAAGCCUGUCCCCUGGCUCUCAGAGUUCCGGGGCCGGGCCAACCUGCACGUGUUUGAGGACUGGUGCGGCAGCUCCAUCCAGCAGCUCCGGAGAAACGUGCACUUCCCGCUCUACCCCCACACCCGCACAACGCUGAGGAAGCUGGCUGUGUCCCCCAGAUGGACCAACUACGGCCUCCGCAUCUUUGGCUACCUGCAUCCCUUUGCUGACGGGCAGGUCCAGUUUGCCGUUGCUGCGGACGACAACGCUGAAUUCUGGCUGAGCCGUGAUGACCAGGUCUCGGGCCUUCGGCUGCUGGCCAGUGUGGGCAAGACUGGGAAGGAGUGGACCGCCCCUGGAGAGUUCGGGAAAUUUCGGAGCCAAAUUUCCAGGCCGGUGAGCCUGUCAGCCGCCCGCAGGUACUACUUCGAGGUGCUGCACAAGCAGAACGAAGAGGGCACCGACCACGUGGAAGUCGCCUGGCGGCGGAACGAGCCCGGAGCCAAGUUCACCGUCAUCGACUCCCCCUCCCUGUCCCUCUUCACAAAUGAGUCCGUCCUGCGAAUGGACGAGGUGGGCCACAUCCCACAGACGGCAGCCAGCCACGUGGGCUCCUCGGACGCUCUCGCCGGGGAUGAGCAACCGCCCGCCGACAUGCUACGCCCCGACCCUCGGGACACCCUCUACCGAGUGCCUCUGAUCCCCAAGUCGCACCUCCGCCACGUCCUGCCUGACUGUCCCUACAAACCCAGCUACCUGGUGGACGGGCUCCCUCUGCAGCGCUACCAGGGACUCCGGUUUGUUCACCUGUCUUUCGUUUACCCCAAUGACUAUACCCGCCUGAGCCACAUGGAAACUCACAACAAAUGCUUCUACCAGGAAAAUGCCUACUACCAGGACAGGUUCAGCUUUCAGGAGUACAUCAAGAUUGACCAGCCUGAGAAGCAAGGGCCAGAGCAGCCAGGUUUCGAGGAGAGCCUUCUGGAAGAGUCCCAGUAUGGAGAAGCUGCAGAGGAGACCCCUGCCUCCGAUGCCCGGAGCGCCAGGAUGCUGGAGGGAAAACCGGCGCUCACCACCACGCCCGGGCAGGAUGUCACUGACUACCGCCUCCGAAGCCUGCGGAAACUCCUGGCUCAGCCCCGGGAGGGCCUCCCGGCACCCUUCCCCGAGCGGAAUGCCACAGCUCUGUCCCCCGUGGGGAACAGCAACACUCCAGCCCGGCAGCCAACCAAGAGGAAGCGGAGACCCAGCCCCGAGCCCAGCCGGGACUCACCCCGAGCGGACAAGGGGCCUCCCGGGCGCCCCGCGGGGAAGCUGCCUCCGAUCAAGAGGCCCAGGCCUGCUGGGGACGGCCCCGGGAAGACCCUGGGGCAGUCUCAGUGGCUGAACCAAGUGGAGUCCUACAUCGCAGAACAGAGGCGGGGUGACAGGAUGGAGCCUCGGGCCCCCGGGAUGGCUUGGCCCGGGGAGGAGGAAGUGGUGGCAGCCGCGGACCCGGAAGGACAAGUGGAAGGAGAGGAAGAGGGGGAGGAAGAGGAAGAGGACAUGAGUGAGGUGUUCGAGUAUGUCCCCGUGUUUGACCCGGUCGUCAACUGGGACCAGACCUUCAGCGCCCGGAACCUGGACUUCCAAGCCCUGAGGACGGACUGGAUUGACCUGAACUGUAACACGUCGGGCAACCUGCUGCUUCCAGAGCAGGAGGCUCUUGAGGUCACUCGGGUCUUCUUGAAGAAGCUCAACCAGAGGAGCCAGGGGAGGUACCAGCUGCAGCGCAUCGUGAACGUGGAGAAGCGUCAGGACCAGCUACGUGGGGGUCGCUACCUCUUGGAGCUCGAACUGCUGGACCAAGGCCAGCGCCUGGUGCGGCUCUCGGAAUACGUGUCUACGCGGGGCUGGCAGGGCGUUGAUCCAGCUGCAGGGGACGAGGCGGAGGCCCGGAACCUACAAGGCCUGGUCCGCGGCCCACACCACCGGCGGAGACACGUCCUGAACAUCCGGGCCCAGGAGCCCAAGCUGUGCUGGCCCCAGGGUUUCUCCUGGAAUCACCGGGCCGUGGUCCACUUCGUUGUGCCGGUAAAGAACCAGGCGCGCUGGGUACAGCAGUUCAUCAAAGACAUGGAACACCUGUUCCAGGCCACCGGCGACCCAUACUUCAAUAUCAUCAUCACGGACUACAGCAGUGAGGACAUGGAUGUGGAGACAGCGUUGAAGAGGUCAAAGCUGCGGAGCUACCAGUAUGUGAAGCUGAGUGGGAACUUUGAGCGCUCGGCUGGACUUCAGGCUGGCAUAGACCUGGUGAAGGACCCCCACAGCAUCAUCUUCCUCUGCGACCUCCACAUCCACUUCCCGGCUGGAGUCAUCGACACCAUCAGGAAGCACUGCGUGGAGGGCAAGAUGGCCUUCGCCCCCGUGGUGAUGCGGCUGCACUGCGGGGCCACGCCCCAGUGGCCCGAGGGCUACUGGGAGGUGAACGGGUUUGGACUGCUCGGCAUCUACAAGUCUGACCUGGACAAGAUCGGAGGCAUGAACACCAAGGAGUUCCGAGACCGCUGGGGCGGAGAAGACUGGGAACUGCUGGACAGGAUCCUCCAAGCAGGCCUGGAAGUGGAGCGCCUCUCCCUCAGGAAUUUCUUCCAUCACUUCCAUUCCAAGCGAGGCAUGUGGAACCGCCGCCCGGUGAAGACGCUGUAG